AUGGCUCCGCCAGCGAUCGUGUCGAAAGGCGAGUACCUGAGCCGCCUUGCAGAGAGCCGGAAGCAAUGCCGCAGCAGUCCAUUGAUGAGUACGCAGGUGGACUGUGCACAGCGCUAUGUGCCCACUGUGCCUUUGCCAGGCGACGUGUUUGCACGUGCCGGCACGUCCCUGGUGUCCCGCGCCACAGGACCCUGUGGCAUCGCAACGAUGCCGCUGUCCAUGGCAGACCCUCGAAAAGGAGGUGUUCCUGGAGUCAGCAACCACCACCCUGACAAGCAGGGCAGUGUGUCCAAGGCUCGGCAGGUCAAGGACAACUUCGUCAACAGGGUUGCAGAGAAGUGUGGGGCCGCCGUUGUACGCAUCCAGACGGAGCAGAAGGUGGAGAUUCCUUCCAUCGGGAAUGCAGACAUCUUCUCCUUCUUCUUUGGAAUCAAACCCGAGAUCAAUCAGCAGGAGCGGAAGAUCAAAGGCCAAGGUUCCGGAUUCUGUGUCGACGGCGCAGCGGGCGUGGUUCUGACGAAUGCCCACGUGGUCCAGGGAGCAGACAGGAUUCUGGCGAGCUUCCCUGGGAGACGAGCCGCCAUCGAAUGUGAGAUCCUUGAGACUGAUGAGGUCAUCGAUCUGGCCGCAUUGCGCGUGAAGGACAAGUCCCAGCUCCCACUGCCUUCCAUGGCACUGGGGGCCAGCGAGACGGUCAAGACCGGUGACUGGACCAUCGUCCUCGGAAAUCCGCUGGGCUUGCAGAAUACGUGCACCUUGGGCAUCGUAUCCUCACUGGAGCGCUCCACUGGGGAGACAGGUUUCGACUGGAUGAGACACCCACUCAUCCAGACCGACGCGGCGGUCAACCAGGGGAACAGCGGAGGGCCCAUGCUGAACGAGAUCGGCGAGGUGAUUGGGAUGAUCUCAAUGCGGGCCCUGUUUGGAGAAGGGAUCGGUUUUGCCAUCCCGGCAGACUCCAUCCGGACCGCGCUCCCUAGCCUCCUUGCAGGGAAAAAGGUUCCGCGCUCGUACAUUGGGGUCAAAAUGGCCAUGCAAGACCACAGCGGCCACGAGUGCGCCGUGGUGGAUGUGGUCUUGGAUGGGAGCCCCGCUGCUGAGGCAGGUGUGAAGGUCGGUGAUCAACUCAUCGAAGUCGGCGGUCGGAAGGUGCGACACUUCGACGAGGUGCAGCUGGCUGUCCGAGCUCUUCCUGUUGACAAUCGUUUGAAGCUCAAGGUGAGGCGUGGCGAGAAGUCUACGACGCUCGUCGUGACAACGGCAGACAUCCGACGUUUGCGGGAGGCAUCGCCAGCCUCACCGGGCGGCCGCCACCGUGUGGUCAUCCUGCCCUGA